AUGGAUCGUCGUCGCCAACCUCUGCCCCCCUGGAAGUACACAGUAGGAUGGGUGUGUGCCCUCCCGAUCGAAAAAGUCGCAGCGCGGGGACUAUUGGACGAGGAACACAAAGCAUAUAGUCCAAAUCGAAAUGACGAUACUUUAUACACUUUUGGAACGUUCUGCCGGCAUAACGUUGUAAUCGCGUGUUUGCCGGCUGGGCAGACUGGGACCAACUCAGCAGCUGCUCUUGUGACCCAGAUGAAGGCUUCAUUUGGAGAAAUUCGGUUCGUUUUGUUGGUCGGCAUUGGAGGAGGGGUUCCCAGGGCGGCCAAAGAUAUUCGGCUUGGUGAUGUCGUUAUCAGCCAGCCAGUUGAACAGUAUGGCGGAGUAGUCCAGUAUGACUUUGGCAAAGAGAAGCCUGGUGGAUUUGAGCGUACGGGAUACCUUGGUUGUCCACCUAAGGUCCUUUUAAACGCCGUCAGCGAGCUACAAAGUAAUCGUCUUCUACGAAGAAGCCGUUCUCUGGACUUCAUGACUCAGCUUCAGCGUAUUCCGGAAUUCAAACGCGACGGAGACAUGCCUGAUGUUCUCUAUGAAGCAGGAUACAAGCACGUUGGGGAAGAAGGCCAGGUGUGCCAUUCAUGCAGCGAAGAGCGAAUAGUGCAAAGGGAACCACGCAAGAGUCCUGAGAAGUUUGUGAUUCACUACGGGACAAUAGCAUCCGGCAAUAAGGUCAUGAGAGAUGCGGUGACAAGAGAUUGUGUAAGUGAGGGCCUUGGUGGGGUCCUUUGCUUUGAAAUGGAGGCAGCGGGUUUAAUGAAUAACGCUCCAUGUCUUGUGAUCCGCGGUAUUUGUGAUUACGCAGACUCGCACAAGAACAAGAUGUGGCAAGCGUACGCCGCGGGAACAGCAGCGGCAUGUGCAAAAGAGGUGCUGUCAGUUAUUCCUGCGGCGAGGGUUGGAAAAAGCAAAGCGGCGAAAGCAAGGUGUGACACUGCAAAACAAGCCGCCGAUACUCAAUGCUCAACCGUACCUUUCCCCGAAGACCCGGAAUUUGUCGGGAGAGAAGACAUUCUCAAAACACUUGCAAGCAAGUUGAUGCGACGCGCGAAGCACAGUCGACUGGCUUUAGUUGGCCGUAGCGGAGUCGGAAAAACACAGAUUGCGGUCGAAUUUGCCAAUCGCGUGAAGAAACGCGACCCGAAGACCCGGAUAUUCUGGGUCAUUGCUAGCAGUGUUACGACUUUCAUACAAUCCUAUCGAGAUAUUGCCGAAAACUUAAAGAUCCUUACAAAAAGGGAUAGCCAGGCUGAUGAGAUACUUCACCUGGUUCAUAAGUGGCUAAAAAAUGGAGCGAAUGCCCCCUGGUUUUUGAUAAUAGACAGCAAUGACGAUGCCGAGCUUCUUCGCUCGCCGCAAGCGUUUGCAUCAGAGAAGUUUUCUCGUAAAGUGCUAGCUGAAUAUAUUCCUGACACCAAACGUUGCUCCGUGCUCGUCACAACUCAGGACUGGCGGGCUGGCAGGACACUCUGCAACCUGAACUCCAUCGAUGUUGGGGAAAUGACCGUUGAAGAGGCUAAAAAAUUGUUUGGGAUAAAACUACAAGAAUACAUGGACGAAAACGUACUGCUUCCGCUGUUAAAGAACUUGGAAUACUUGCCUUUAGCAAUCACCCAAGCUAUUGCAUUUAUUCUGGAGAACGGAAUCAGUAUGGCAGACUACCUCAGACUCCUAACAAGUGACGAAGAGGAGUCUAUCAAGCUAUUGAGCGAUGACUUACAUGACGAACGACGAUACAGCGACGUCCCGCAUUCAGUUAUUAAAAGUUUCAGUCUCUCGUUUGAUCUGCUAAAGAAGCGCGAGCCUCGUUCUGCAGAGCUCUUGUCACAGAUGUGUUAUCUAGACAGACAACAAAUCUCAUGCUCAUGUUUUUCAAGGGGUAAAGAGCCAGGGGUAGACUUCAUCAAAGAUUUAGGGCCACUGAGGUCGUUUCGGUUGCUCACCGCAGACAAGUCCCGCGAGAGCUUUGAGAUGCAUCGACUGGUACAGCUAUCUACCAAAGCAUGGCUAAAUGCCCACAAGGAGACUGACGGGUAUAUUGCCAAAGCUCUCAAGUUAGUUUCAGGAGUAGGCCCAAAUCCUGAAGGCAGGAGCCACUGCUUUUGGACCUGCUGCCACGCCGAGGCAGUCCUCAAACAUACUCCGAAGUUGCUCGACAGUAGGGUGACAGAGCUAGGUUACCGCCACCCCGAGACGCUGGAGAUUAUGACGGACAUAUCCAAAGCAUAUAUUUCGACAGACAAUAUAGAAGAAGCGAAGACUAUGGCACGAUGUGCAUGUGCGCUAAGCAUUGAUGCUCUGGACGAGGACGAUCGUGUUCGGCGGCAGGCGGAGCAACAGCUGAAAAUUACGACGCAAUUUUGGUAUUGUACCAAGAUACAUCAUUUGGAGGGACCGAAUGUUUCGUUGCCGGAAAUAAGUAAUGAAAUUCUAACCUCUGAUCGUCAACGCGAGGAACACAAGCUUACGUUUCCGGUGCAUGGUCAAAAAAUAACCAUACAAGAGUCAUUAGAACUAUCAUUGCAGUGUCAGCUCAUUCUUUCUCAUUGUUACAAUUACUUUGCCGGCACAAUGGAUUACCUCGAUCUCAACUUUGACACUCCUGAGGUGAGAGAGGCUUACCUUCGUGAAGCGAAAAGACUUCUGCUCGGGGUGGUGGACCGAUACGAGAAGAAUGAUAUAGAUAAGUACUGUCCCGUUAUAAUACGGACAAUGGUAUCCCUGUGUGAUACAAAUAAUCGUUUAAAUGAUUUUGAAGAGGCUAAGGCUGCUGGGCUGCGGGCCUUGGAAAUGGCCAAGGAGACACAGGGGAUCGAAUGUGACCUCACGCUAUUAGCAGAGGAAAGCCUAGGCCUUGCUCUCUACCACUUGGAUGAACUACAAGAAGCAGAGCAACUUCUGCGUCAGGUAUUAAGGAAACGACUGGAAGUAUUUGAGUGUACGAAUCGCGAUUCGGUAAGGGCAUUGAGACACCUAUGUGCGACGUGCGCCAAACUGGGUCAGAAACAGGAAGCUGCAAGGCUUCUCCAGCAGACGAUUGAACGGCAUUCGAAUCCAGUUCCAUCUCUUAAUUCAACUUUUACGUGCAGUAAUAAGACAUAUUACUGGUCACAUGAGUAUCGUCUUCGUUACCUAUUAAGUCAGGCGGAAAUCAAGAAACAGCUCACUCGUGCUGGAGUCGUUCCGGCUAAAGGCACCUUGGAACAAUGUCAAGCGUUGUCAUAUCCGUUCGAAUGA